UCCGCGUCCCAAAAAUGACACCAGCGCUCUCCCGUCUUCGGACGGUCAGUGUAUUUGUAUUUUUAAUUCCGGCGACUCUGGGCAUGGUGUUAAUUGAAAGUAAUAUCUACAACAUCGAUGAAUCAACCACUGCUGGUGUGCGAUUGGAUGAUCCGUCCACGAUACUGCCUGCGGGAUUCCAAAAUGAAACAACGGUAGCACCGAUACACUUAACACUCGACGAAAGGAUAGAGCUAGAAAAGCUAACCUGGCACUGGUACCCGUGGCGACGGAUCAACUAUGUGGUGCUGCCAGAUGGUCGUAAUGAGGAGGAGGAAUGUGAAGAAAACUCUGCCCUCGACGAUUUGCCCGACGAUAUUUUCACACAGGAACAACGGUUGCAAGGAGCGAUCGUGCUGCAUUUUGUCGGUGCCAUCUAUUUCUUCACCAUUGUUGCUUAUGUGUGCAGCGAGUACUUCUUGCCAUCGGUGGAGUGUAUCUGCGAGGAUCUGCAUCUCACACAGGAUGUAGCUGCGGCCACCUUCAUGGCUAUUGCCUCAACGAUGCCUGAAUUUUUCACCAACACAAUCAGUACCUUCAUUGCGGAUUCCGACAUGGGUUUGGGCACGGUUAUGGGUUCUUUGUUGUUCAAUACACUUGGCGUAGCAGGACUGGCUGGCUUGGCAACGAAAGCGCCGGUUCAACUGGACUGGUGGCCACUGACACGUGAUGCGGUCAUUUUCUCUGCCCACGUGGCGCUCCUCAUCGGAUUCGGCUGGGAUGGACGAAUCUACUGGUACGAAGCGAUGGUAUUCUUCAUUCUCUUCUUCGUGUACUUCGUGUUAAUGUUCCAGAAUAAGCGGCUUAUGAAGGUAGCUAAGAAGUACAUCGAAGUGAGGUGGAACAUGUGCGCCCGGGUUAUUCGUAACAUAGAGGAGGACGAACGGAUUGCGAACGAAGCGCAGAUACAGCAGAACAUUGCGACCAUACCGAACCUUGCGCGUAAGACACUGGAAAAGCCUGCAUUCCGGCCAUCGACUGCUUCCAUUCUUUCCGAGCAGAUGGCAGAGACCAGGAUGAAGAUGGGCGAACUACAGAUUCCUUCUCGCCACGUGGUGGAAGAUCCCGAUGACUACGAGGACAUGACGUUAUGGAAGAUCUCGUCCGAAACAUGGUACCGAGCCGUCUGGUGGUGGUACAGCUGGCCGAUGCGGUUCAUCACCAAGUAUACCAUUCCACAGCCGGCCAAAUAUCGCCGCUGGUACCCGCUGACAUUCGUCAUGUGCAUAGUCUAUUUGGCUGGAUGUGCCUUCAUGACUUUCUGGUUGCUGUCCAUCAUCGGUUACACCUUCGACAUUCCGGAAUCGGUCAUGGGACUGACGUUUUUGGCGUUCGGAGGCUGCAUGCCGGAAGCAGUGUCCGCCGUUAUCGUCAUCCGGUCAGGCAGUGGAGCCAUGGGCGUUUCUAACGCAAUGGGUGCCAAUUCGCUAGCCAUUUUAUUCUCGCUAGGGUUACCGUGGUUUAUCAAAACUCUAGCCGAUGGGGGUAGUGGCGCUAAUGCGUACUUGGUGAUCGCUUCCUAUGGGUUACAGUACUCGAUCAUAGCUCUGCUUGGUGCUGUCAUCUUCCUCUAUGUAGUGAUCUACAUCGCCUUGUACAAGCUACGUAAGAUUGUCGGUCUGAUUCUGUUUAUUGGCUAUGGAAUCAUCGUUGCCUUUAUGAUAUUGAACGAGCUGGAUGUGAUCAUACCGUCAGGAGACAAAUGCUGA